GGUGCUCCUGCAGUCUGGGGCUGAUUCACCCCGGUAGACCCUGCGCGAUGCCUCCCAUCACCUUCCAGGACCUGCCAGUGAACAUCUACAUGGUCAUUUUCGGCACCGGCAUCUUCGUCUUUGUGCUCAGCCUCAUCUUCUGCUGCUACUUCNCCAGCAAACUGCGGCACCAGGCUCAGAGCGAGCGGUUCGGGUACAAGGAGGUGGUCCUGAAAGGCGAUGCCCGGAGGCUGAACGUGCACGGGGUGAGCGGUGCCGCCUCUGGACCGGGAUGGAGUUGGGGAAUGGGGGUGAUGCUGUGCCUGGUGAAGUGGGUGGAGGUGCGCUGCGUGUGCCCCACGUGCAACAAACCCAUGGCGGGGCCGGCACAGCCCCGCGCCGGCAUCGGCACCCUCCUGGAUGAGCUGGUGUGA